UUGUAGCUCCGCCCUCGUUCACAUACAAAGUAUUUACGUAAGCGAUAAUAAAACAUGCAUGCAUGAAAGAAAACUUCUAACGGAUUGAUCAAAAUAUCAUUUCGAUUUCUCUAACCGAUCCAUCCAUAUUUUUCUAUUUCCUCAACAAUUUCUCCCAAUUUUUUUUUAAUUCUAACAUAUUUUGUUCGAUUCUUGAAUUUAGGCCGAAAUUUCAGAUUUUGAUAUGUUUUUUUUUGGUUUAAUCAAGUGAUUGGUGGAGUAUUUAGCAAUUUGGGGUUAAAAAUUUAGGGUUCUAUUGAAUUUAUAGUAUAAUGGUAUUGGAAAUCGAAAAAGGUUGAGAUUUUGAUUGUUGAGUUUGAGUUGAGCUAAUGGGGAAUAAUUGUGUUGGACCUAAAUUGGCUAACAAUGGGUUCUUACAAUCUGUUACUGCAGCUGUGUGGAAACCUAAUCAGUCGGAGAAUUUACCACUCCCAAAUGAAGGGGAACCUAAUUCAGAGAAUUCGGUUGAUUCAUCGAAAGGCACGGUGGAUAGAUCUGGUGUUCAAGGUAAUCCACCUCCACAUCUUAUGAUAAAUGCUGAUACUCAAAUGGGUGUUAAAGAGAAUAAUGAUGUAGUGAUUGCUAAUGAUGUUACUGUUACUGAUAAGCCCCCUGUGGAAGGGGUGAAACAGAACAAGCCUACUCAUGUUAGGAGAACGUCGAGUAUUGGGGUUCAGAUUGAAUCUGUUUUAGGACGAAAAACAGGUAAUUUGAAGGAGAUUUAUAGUUUAGGGAGGAAGUUAGGACAAGGGCAGUUUGGGACGACGUUUUUAUGUUUAGGGAAGUCAUGUGGGAAGCAAUAUGCGUGUAAGUCCAUUGCGAAAAGGAGGUUGACAACUGAGGAGGAUGUAGAGGAUGUGAGGAGGGAGAUUCAGAUAAUGCAUCAUUUGGCAGGACAACCAAGUGUGGUACAGAUUGUGGGGGCGUAUGAGGAUGCUGUUGCAGUUCAUGUUGUAAUGGAGCUUUGUGCAGGGGGGGAGCUUUUCGAUAGGAUUUUACAAAGAGGGCAUUAUUCAGAGAAGAAGGCAGCUGAACUUGCAAGAGUAAUAGUAGGUGUUGUAGAAGCAUGUCAUUCCUUGGGUGUUAUGCAUAGGGACCUGAAACCCGAAAACUUUCUAUUUGCUGAUCAGGAAGAGGAAUCAACUCUGAAGGCGAUUGACUUCGGAUUAUCAGUGUUCUUCAAGCCAGGUGAAAUCUUCAAUGAUGUUGUUGGAAGCCCUUACUAUGUGGCCCCAGAAGUGUUGCGGAAGCAUUAUGGUCUAGAAUGUGAUAUUUGGAGUGCUGGAGUCAUUAUUUAUAUACUGCUUAGCGGCGUUCCCCCAUUUUGGGAUGAGACGGAGCAAGGAAUAUUUGAACAAGUUUUAACAGGGGAACUUGACUUUGCAUCAGAACCCUGGCCUGCUAUAUCAGAAAGUGCAAAAGAUUUAGUCAGAAAAAUGCUGGUGAGAGAUCCCAAAAAGCGGUUGACAGCUCAUGAAGUUCUUUGUCAUCCAUGGGUCCGUGUUGGUGGGGUUGCUCCAGAUAAGCCUCUUGAUUGUGCUGUUCUAAGUCGCCUCAAUCAGUUUUCUGCAAUGAACAAAUUAAAGAAGAUAGCAAUCAGAGUAAUUGCUGAAAGUCUGUCUGGAGAGGAAAUUGCAGGACUGAAGGAAAUGUUCAAAAUGAUAGACGCAGAUAAUAGUGGACACAUUACACUAGAAGAACUGAAGACGGGUUUGGAAAGAGUGGGUGCCAAUCUGAACGAUUCAGAAAUUGUUAGUUUAAUGCAAGCGGCAGAUGUUGAUAAUAGUGGUACCAUUGAUUAUGGCGAGUUUAUAGCUGCUAUGCUCCAUCUAAACAAAAUUCAGAAGGAAGAUCACAUGUAUGCCGCUUUUUCAUAUUUUGAUGAAGAUGGUAGUGGAUAUAUCACGCAGGAUGAGCUCCAAAAGGCUUGUGAUAAGUUUGGUUUAAGCAAUAUUCCCAUCGAAGAGCUUAUGCGUGAAGUUGAUCAAGAUAAUGAUGGACGCAUCGAUUACAGUGAAUUUGUAGCGAUGAUGCAAGACACUGGCUUUGGUGACAAAGGAAGCAAAAGUGUGUUGUAAAAAUUGGCAUUCAAUAGGCCUUAAAGCUUGGUAAACUUGAUGCUAGUGAUAAAACAUAUACUACUUGUGUAUUAUCAUCCAUCUAAGUACAUGAAACAGAAACUUGGAUUGCAUUUACUUUGCAGGAUCAACAACCAUAGCUGCAUGGAGUACGAUAGAACUCCUCGGUACGGUCACUCGGGAAGUCCAUCCCAAGGGAGACUUUGAUACAAUUCUUGCAAGAGCUGGAGAAGCGUCUACGGGUAAAGCACCGUAUCCAUGUAACUGCUUUCCAUCUACGCUCCUCCAUCCAUUACAAGUUUAGGAACCUAGGAAUUAUCGCACUCGCACUUAAAGGAGGAGGACUCUUCUCUUGCUCUGCCAAAAAUGCUUACUCAUGGUCAAUGGUGCAGUUGAUGAUAUGAUUCUGGACUAGUUUCUAGGCAUACACCAACCAUACAUACCACUUUCUCGUUUAGGAAUUUCUCAAGUAUGCUGUAAAGAUUAGUCAGGCAUUGUUAUUACAUCUAAACAAGUAUUUGAACAAAAAAUCAGAUUGUGUUAUGCUGUAAAAAUUAGUCAGGCAUCAGAGAGGAAAGGCAAAUAUUGUAUCUUCUAUUUAUUUGCCUAUUUCUUUCUGUUGAGGAAACCGAUGUUCGUCUAGGCUGUGUUCCAUUGAACCAGUAGCCUGAAUGGUUUGUAUUGAAGUUGCUCCUGCAGGAUAAUCCUGGUUUGUUAGUUAAUUGUCUCACCAUUUCUUGUGAGUACCUCAUUUUUAGGGAUCUUCUUGAGAUUUUUAGACUUGA